GAGAAUGAAAAUGAUCCUGAGGCAAGCCAACCCCGCAAGGAAGUACACACUAAGGAAUAUCCUUUUGGAUUGACAGUGACAACAGAAAUAACAUACAAAGAGGUUCAGCCUCCUCUUACUCGGCUGCUCAGGCGUAUGGUGUCAUUCUUUGUCCCUGAUGAUGGCCCUCCUUCUGAAAAGUGAGCUGCACAGAAGUUCAGAACAUUGUGCUGGAGCUGUGAGAACAUCAUCCCAGUGCCUGGCACCAGAGCACUGCUGGAAAACUGUCCCUUACUUUGCUGGAACAGCAGCUCUGCCCCGCUGGUGUGAAGGUGCUUUCCCAGCAGGACAAACCCAGGUGAUCCAGGCUGUACCUGGGGUGGCUCCUCAGCUGGGCAGCUCUGAAAUGGAUACUUCAGGAACCAUGAGUAAAUGGGAAGGAAUAUAGUUUAAUGUCUUGGUUACCAGAGUUCUUAAUGGUCCUUCAAAUAAAAGCUCAUGAGAGAUGA